CUAUUAAGCCCUCUCUUUGCCAAUACUUCUUCCAUUCAUUUCCAUCUCCAUUUCUCUCUCUUAAUCUCCCUCUGCUACUACUCUCCCUCUCUCUCUCUCUACAGCUGUCCCUCUCUGUCGUCGUCACUUUCACUCCGCCUUCGCGUGUUUCUCGCCUACGCCUUGUGACGGAGAGGAGCGGAGGGGCAGUAUUGUAAAUUCACCGAGCUCCCAUUAGAGUGUUGUCGGGGUUAUCUGAGGCUCGAUCGAGCACUAAUGCAGAUGAUAUAAGAAGAUUUUCAGGGUUGUGUGCUGCUACUAUACGAACACUUGAAGAUGUUGGAGGCUCCGAAGUUUACUGGAAUUAUAGGCUUAAACAACAACAAUCAUGAAAAUUAUGAUUUUUCGCAUUUCUAUCGCAAGCUCAAUGAGGGAUCAAAUAUGUCAACUGAGAGUUACGGGAGCUUGCAAUUGAGCAACGGUGGAGGCUCGGUUGCCAUGUCGGUGGACAACAGUAGUGUUGGAUCGAAUGAUUCCCACACUCGUAUCUUGGGUCACAAUGGCCUCAGGCAUGUCAAGGACUAUACUGUUGAUGCCAGUGUCAAUCACGUGAGAGUUUCUCAUGGUCUGAGUGAUGACGCCCUAGCUCGAGCUUUGAUGGAUCCUAGAUACCCUACUGAGGGUCUUGGUAAUUAUGACGAAUGGACACUUGACUUGAGGAAGCUCAACAUGGGACCUGCUUUUGCUCAGGGUGCAUUUGGAAAGCUCUACAAGGGUACAUAUAAUGGCGAGGAUGUUGCAAUUAAGCUUUUGGAGAAGCCGGAGAAUGAUGCAGAGAGGGCGCUCUUGAUGGAGCAGCAGUUUCAACAAGAAGUAAUGAUGUUGGCUACACUGAAGCACGCGAAUAUUGUUCGUUUUAUUGGUGGAUGCCGGAAACCGCUAGUCUGGUGUAUUGUGACGGAGUAUGCCAAGGGGGGUUCAGUCCGCCAAUUCUUGACAAAACGUCAGAACCGUUCAGUACCUUUAAGGUUGGCUGUAAAACAGGCCUUGGAUGUGGCUAGAGGGAUGGCAUAUGUUCACGGAUUGAAUCUAAUUCACCGGGACUUAAAGUCUGACAAUUUACUAAUUUCUGCUGAUAAGUCAAUCAAGAUUGCGGAUUUUGGGGUUGCUCGUAUAGAGGUGCAGACAGAAGGAAUGACACCAGAAACAGGCACUUAUCGGUGGAUGGCCCCGGAAAUGAUCCAGCACAGGCCUUACACCCAGAAAGUCGAUGUAUAUAGCUUUGGGAUCGUACUGUGGGAGCUGAUCACAGGGAUGCUCCCGUUCCAGAACAUGACUGCUGUGCAGGCAGCAUUUGCUGUUGUGAACAAAGGUGUUCGCCCAACCAUCCCCAACGACUGUCUUCCCGCAUUGAGUCAGAUCAUGACUCUUUGUUGGGAUGGUAAUCCCGAUGUCAGGCCCUCCUUCAAUGAGGUGGUAAGAAUGCUUGAGGCUGCCGAGACAGAGAUCAUGACUACUGUGAGAAAAGCUCGUUUCCGGUGCUGUCUGAGUCAGCCGAUGACUACAGAUUGAUGCAAGGAUGAAAUCUAGAAGUGUCGAAAACAGAGUAAAGAAAGUGGAAGUUUUCCGUCAGCGUUAUGUAUGUAUCAGGCUUAAUUUCUUUCCUCGGAUAGAGAAAAGGAGAGGAAGAUUAUGGUAAUAACUGCUUGUUUUGAUUUUUUUUUAUUCUCCCCUUCUCUUUUUUAACUUUAUGGAUUUGAGAUACCAAAUUAGUGGUAAUAGAAGAGAUUUGUUGUGUAUUUAUGCAUUCCUUUGUGUUAUAUAAAAAAGUUGCCUUCUUUA